AGUCCGGAUUCCAACACCAAAGUUAAUAAAAAAAAAGAGGAGAGAGAAAAAUCGAAGGUUGAUUUUAUGGCAGUUAGGGUUCGCUAUUGAUCCCCGAAGCUCUCAAUUUUCGAUACUGCAUACUAUCCCUCUCCAUUGUAAACCCAAAUCUCACGUGUUUAUAGUUAAUUGUGACCAGCCUGGUUGAAUUUAUCUGGAAAUUUUUGAAUUUGAAUCUUAAAGAGAGGAGUUCGCUGCUGCUGCUGCUGCUAUGGGCGCACAAGAGAAAUCGCAAGCGAACUCCAACUCGAUACAGCGGGUGAAGGUCUACCGUUUGAAUGACGAUGGAAAAUGGGAUGACCAGGGGACUGGGCAUGUUACUGUAGACUAUUUGGAGAGAUCAGAAGAUCUAGGCUUGUAUGUUAUUGAUGAAGAAGACAACGAGACAUUGCUUUUGCAUCGUAUAACCCCAGAUGACAUUUACAGAAAACAAGAAGAUACAAUAAUUUCAUGGAGAGAUCCAGAAUUUUCUACAGAAUUAGCACUAAGCUUCCAAGAAACUACAGGGUGUUCGUACAUUUGGGAUCAUAUCUGUAAUGUGCAAAGAAAUCUACAGUUCAGCACUCUAAACAGUGAGACAUUUCACAGCAUGAACAGUGAGUUGAGAGAAUUGCCUGCUGUUGAACUUUCCACACUUCCUUUGAUCCUUAAGACCGUGUCUGAGAGUGGUAUUGCAGAUCAGAUGAGACUGACAGAGCUUAUACUGAAUGAUCAUGAUUUUUUCCAGAAGCUGAUGGAUGUUUUCAGAAUCUGUGAAGACCUAGAAAACAUUGAAGGUCUUCACAUGAUAUUCAAAAUAGUCAGAGGGAUCAUUUUGUUCAACAGUCCUCAAAUCUUUGAGAAAAUAUUUGGGGAUGAAUUGAUCAUGGAUGUUAUUGGUUCACUUGAGUAUGAUCCUGAGAUUUCUCAUGUCCAACAUCAUCGUGGUUUUCUGAAAGAGCACGUUGUUUUCAAGGAGGCCAUACCAAUCAAAGAUCCCCAUGUCCUGUCAAAGAUACAUCAGACGUACAGAGUUGGUUAUUUGAAGGAUGUUGUUUUGGCUAGAGUAUUGGAUGAGGCCACAGUUGCAAACCUGAAUUCCAUAAUUCAUGCAAAUAAUGCUGUUGUUGUUUCUUUGUUAAAGGAUGACAAUACCUUUAUUCAAGAAUUGUUUGCUAGGUUGAGAUCGCCCACCACAUCUGCAGAAUCAAAGAAAAAUUUGGUAUAUUUCUUGCACGAGUUUUGUAGUUUGAGCAAGAGCAUGCAGAUGGUCCAGCAGCUCCGACUGUUUAGGGAGCUCAUGAAUGAAGGUAUCUUUGACAUCAUUGCUGAUAUAUUGCAGAGUCAAGACAAGAAACUUGUCCUAACUGGAACAGAUAUCCUCAUUCUUUUCUUGAAUCAGGAUCCAAACCUUCUGCGUUCUUAUGUUGUUCGGCAGGAAGGAAUCCCACUACUAGGACUGUCGGUUAAAGGAAUGAUAACAGACUUUGGGGAGGACAUGCACUGCCAGUUUCUUGAAAUUCUUCGCAGUUUACUGGAUUCCUAUACACUGUCAGGAGCACAGAGAGAUAAUAUAAUUGAAAUCUUCUAUGAGAAGCACCUGAGCCAAUUAAUUGAUGUUAUAACAGCGUCUUGUCCUGAUGAGGUUCUUCCUCGAUCAAGUGGUAAAUCUUCAGGGCUUGUUGAGAGAGUUGACACUCAUAAUGGUGUGAAGCCAGAAAUACUAUCAAACAUAUGUGAAUUGCUAUGCUUCUGUGUUCUGCACCAUCCAUAUAGAAUAAAGUGUAACUUUCUCCUUGAUAAUGUUAUUGAAAAAGUCUUGACACUGACAAGAAGGAAAGAAAAGUACCUUGUUGCUGCUGCUGUUCGUUUUGUUCGCACUAUCCUUUCCCGCCAUGAUGAGCAUUUGAUAAAUCAUUUUGUCAAGAACAACCUCCUCAAACCAAUUGUAGAUGCCUUUUUGAGCAAUGGUGAUCGUUAUAAUUUGCUGAACUCUGCCAUUUUAGAGCUUUUUGAGUAUAUCCGCAAGGAAAACUUGAAAUUGUUGCUCAAGUAUAUAGUUGAUUCAUUCUGGAAUGAUUUGGUCAAAUUCGAGCAUUUGACCUCCAUUCAGGCUCUAAAAGUUAAAUAUGAGCAGUGUCUAGAGCAGUGUGGAGCAAAAAGUACUGGUAGCACAUUGGAUCCAAGAAAACGAAAUGAUGAGCGUGCACUAGAAAAGGAAGAGGAAGAUUACUUCAAUGGGGACAGUGAUGAAGAAGACACGGCAUCCGCAUCCCAUACUCAAAAGGCACAAGCUCAAUCAGUCUCUCCCAAUGGGGUUGCUGCAGGCUACCCGUCAUUAAGUCCAAGAUCUGGAGGACUUGUUGAUUAUGAUGAUGAUGAAGAUGACGAAGACUAUAGACCACCUCCUAAGAAACAGCUAGAAACACCUGAGGAAGAUGAAGGAACUAGUGAAUCCCUUAGGAUGAAGCGGAAAUUGCCUUCCAAGGAUAAGGAGCCUGACCUAGUGAAGAAACAGCGAUUAGCUAAACACUCGAAGCCAAAAGAGAGUGUAUUUGCUGCUUUAUGUUCAACACUUAGCCAUGCCGUCUUGCCCAGCAAGAAAGCUGCAACUGCCAUGCACAUAACUCCUUUGGAUGGAAACAAAGGCCCAGUUGAAGAAAGUCAUAGAGAUAAUGAUCCAGUCAUUUCUAGAAGCUGUUCUGAUAACAACAGCAAUUCAAGUGAGGAAAACCACAGGGAGAAGGAUCCUGCUGGUCCUAAAAGCUGUUCUGACUGCUUGCACAGCACAUCAGAAAAUGGACAGAUAAUUGGAGAUGAUGGUCCAUUAAUACCACCCCCCAAAUCCUCACCAGAAAUGGCUGUAAAUGGUUCUUAAGUUAUCUAUCGGGAUUGUGGUUAGCAGGUUGACGUGUUUGGUUCCCUGUUUCAUUUGACUCGUGGUUGUCACAAAUCAGGCUUGUUUUUCUGAAGGAAGGGCAUGGUCUGGAGGAAGUGAGACGAAAGGUGGGUGAAUGACGUUCGUAGCUUUCCAUUUAUGGUAAGAGUAUAUUGUAUAGUGCCCAAAUGCCCGACCAGCCUCUCUGAUUUUGAACAGAAAUCGUGGCUUCUGUGAAAACAACCACCCAACGGGCUAUUUUCCCAUUUUUCCCCUUUCCACUCUCUUUUCCUUUCAUUUUCUUUAUUUUUGUCAAUUUAAAUAUCCUUAAUUUUGUUUCUGCUCUUAUAUAGCCAGUGUAAACAGCAUGAUAGAGAGGGCAUCAAUACCUGCCCUUUAUAACAGGGCCCCUUGUUACAGUUGAAAUCUUAUUUAAUGACCAUUGUAAACCAAAAUACGUUCCCAUCCU